UAAUUCAGCAAGAAAACACUUGGAGCUUGGGUUUACACCGUCAGGACAGCUCUUCCCAGAGAAGAUGGAAAGCAGCUUCUCCCCUGUCCUGGAGACAGAGAAGAGGAUGCUCCUGCAGCAAUGAACUGCCAAGGGGUGUGUCGGGAUGAGAGUGAGAAGGAAGUAAAAGCCUUCUCUCUACACUCUUACUAUGAAGAAAGAAAGAUACGUUUGACUCUGGUAAUGUGAGUGUUAGAAGGACUAAAGCCUUCCUGGUACCACUGAAAACAGUACGGGCACUCUUUGGAAAGGCUGGCUUUUAAAAGUUUUUGUUUUGUUUUUUUAAUUAAAAGAAAAACCACAGAAUUUGGCCACAUCACCCCAAUACCGAUAAGAGUCUAAAGAAAAAUAACAUUUAGCAGGACCAUUUACUAGCACAUGCCCAGCAGUAAUCAUACUCUGCAACACAACUGUGGUUAUACAAAAGUCAGUAGCCAAUGAAACGUGGAAUUUGGUUGAUGGCAACAGUAACCUCUGUUCAGGUCUGCCGCCCUCAUGUGGUUGGACGCGUGUUCAUAGCUAACAUUUUGUUGGUUCGAGUGAUAACCUGCUGGAUCCUAUUUCACACACACAGCUGUGGACCUCCGUAAGAAAACGGGGAGGGGACCGCUCUAAGGCACCGAUUCACAGAGCCCUGAGGCCCGGUCACUGGGCGGUGGCGACGCCAGGCUGUGGGCAUCACCAUUUCUUGGGAGAGGGUGUCCGCCCCUGCACUCGCAUCCUCGCUGGGCACCCGGAAGCAUCCCUCCCCAGGCAGCGGCGGGGCUCUCCCGCUCACCUCCCGGCAUCCACCGGCAUCCGCCCGCGCGCCCGGAAGAGCUGGAGCUCGGCGGUCCAAACAAAGCCCGCGGGUAUUGUUGUCUAGUGCGCUCCGAAGGUCGCCUAGACUACCCGGCCCGGCCCCACCCACAGCGUCUGGCAAUCUAGACCAGUCCGGUACCAGGCAGAAAAUGGAAAAGCCUCCAGAAGAGGCUCCGGCGGAAUCAUCGGAAAACCAAAGUACAGCCAAGUCCCCAAAUGACAGCCACACAGACAGCCCGGAAGACAACAGACAGAACCAGGAUGAAGUGGAAGCAGAUGACCAGACUGAUCACGGAGCAGCUGACCAGGCUGCCCAGAUAGUGUCUGCCCUGGCUGAACCCAACGUAGUUAAUCAAGCUGACCACAAAGCAUGUGAAUCCAUGGGAGAAAGAACAUCUGAUCGGGCUGACCUCAGAGCAUCCAACCAUGCUCAUCAUGUUGCCGAUCGUAGAGCAUCUGAUCAGGUUAACCGAAGCAUGUCAGAACAGAUGGACGACAAGGCAUCUAGCCAAGCUGGUGGCGUGGAGGAGUCUGAACAGACUGACAGCCAGAUGUCUGCUCUGCCUGAACGAGGUACUUCUGAACAGACUGAACAAAGGGCUUCUGAGCAGAUUGAUCACAGAAUGUCCAGCCUAGCUGAGAGAAGAGCUUCUGAAGAGAUUGACUGUAAACCAUCUGUCCCAUCUUUACAAAGAGCCUCUGAGCAGAGCGAUCACAGAAUGUCCCUCCCGGCUGACCAAAGAGCUUCUCAACAGAUUGAAAGUAGAUUGUCUGGCCUGGUUGAGCGAAAAACUUCUGAACAGAUUGAUCAUAGAUUGUCUGACCAAGUUGACCACCGAACAUCUGUAAAGACGCACCACGAAGUGUAUGACCAAGCUACUAAACCAUCUGAACACCAGGCUGCUGACCCUGACAAGGCUGGCAGUGAAUCUGACCAGGCUGACGAUUUAGUGGAAGAAGAGGAUGAUUACACAGAAGACAACCUGUUUGACUAUGGAGCAUGUAGCCGGUCUGAUGAUAGAUUAUUCCACCAGCUUGGCUGCAGCAAGGAAGACAAAGAGGCUGACUUCAGAGUACAACCCUGCAAAUUUGAGCCUGGCCAGACAGAUGGCAGCAUAACCAAGGCUUCCCUUGAAACUGAAACGGAAAGUGUAGCUGAUCUGCAAGCAUUCAUCCCAUUUGAUCACGGAUUGACCAGUACUUCCCAAACAAAAGACCAAGCCUACUCCCCAAGAUUUCCCUCCAUCUCAUCCAAAUUGGACUAUAUCAUCAGUCAAGAAAAAACUCAACCCGUGGAAACCAAGCCUGUUGAUAUUUCAGAAUACCAGGAAAGAAGGAGUUUUCAGGCAUACAAUCAACCUUAUAAGAAGCAGUUACCUCCUAUAGUACAUGAAGAUCCUUAUCAAGUUUCACUUCGAUACGUGGAGAAACACCACAUUCUGCAAAUAUUCCAGCAGAUCACUGAAAAGCUAGUCUAUGAAAAGCCAGAAGACCCUGUGAGUUUUAUGCUGUGCCAGGUACAGGAAAUGAUACAAAACAGAAAGAAAAGUGAAACCUACGAAGAAUGAAUCUCUCCUCAACAUUGUUUACAGCCGUCAGUGUCAACACUAUGUUCUGUUUCCCACUCUGAAAAAUCAUUUUUGAAUGGUCAUUUGUAGUGACUCUGCCUAAAUGUGUUCUUAUUUUUUAAGUAAAAAUCUACUGGGUAGCUUCGUAAAAUUCACAUAACAGUUACAGAUACCUCUGACUCAUCAUACAAAAAACAUAGGCACAUAUACUUAUCCAUGCAUUGAUAUUUCUGUACUCAUUCCUCCAAAGCACUGAACAGAAACACGUUCACAAAUCCCAGAGAGGAUCAAGAAAAGAAUAUUAGCAAUUUAUACACAUUCCCAAAAGCAUACAAACCCAUCAUGUCUCGAAACUGUUUAUAAAAUUUUCAAUCGGAAAAUGUGCGGAAAAUAAUUCGUAACAGCACUUUUUUCUCUCUUAAGGGAAGGUAACUGUUGUAAGAUCUCUUUUCUUGUUUCUUAAUACCUCCAACAAAUUUUUACUGUUUUCCUCUUUGACCCCGCCUGUUAUAUUCUGACAUUAAUGGAAGUGAUUUAAUCUAUUCCAAGGGAUAAUCUUCUUCUGAUUUUUAACCUAAAGCAAAACUCAGACAUGUUAUACUACUCUGUAUACACCUAUGGGAGAGGCAGAAUGUCACUUAUUACCUUUAACCUCUGAAGAGUGUCUGCAUCGUGUGGAACGUGUAGCCAGUUGAACUGGUAUUUAAAAGCAAAAAGCCUCAACGUGCUCUACCUGGUAUGAGAGUAUCUGCCCAGCAAUCAUAACUGAGAUGAUCAUCUGAUACUACUUUUGUGAGCUGAACCUUUCAUUUAAUUUCUGUUUGAACAUUAUAGCAGACUUGAUUCUUCAUAUUGUUUCCCUGGCGAUUUGGUAUAAUUAUGUGGUGUAUUGCAAUGAAUUAAGCCUCUGUUUGAACAAUCAUGCAUAAAUCCCCUUUUUUAUACCUGAAUUUCAUGUCUAAUAAUUAUAGUUUUUAAAUCUCUACUUAAAACUUCAAAGCUUCUUUAGCUUUUUCUUCAAUUGUCCACAAAAUGUGCCAGUGCCCAGACUCCAGGCGGAUAAGCAGCCUUUCUGUUGAUUGUGGGCUGGCAAAACUAGGUAAAAGCUGAUAAACUUACAGUGAACCUGUGAGAAAACUUUGAGUGACAUGACUAAGGUUAUAAUUAAUCAGUUGCUAGAACAAAAUAACCCAAAUAUUGAAGGGUCCACAAUAUCAUUAGUGAUCAAAAACUUGGAUGUUAUCAAUAACAUCUGAAAUUAAAUACUGAAUUUAGUUCACUGGUUUUCAGCCCUAACACUUUACUAUGUUUCUUAAAGCAGAACACCUCAAACUAGUCCACCUCAGCCACUUCAGCCCUUCUCAUUGACAUUCUGUGAUGCAUUUCAGAGCUGUCAUUUUGACCUUUCACAGUGAGGCAGUGGACCAGAGGGGAUGGGCUCGGUAUGGUCCAGUGAUCCUGUCUGAACAUGUUUGACUGAAAGGAGAAGGGAGAAAAUGGAGAUCAGGCCUCACUCUCAGUGACUCAGGCUCUCUACUAAAAGAUCUGUAUAGUGCACAAGAUCAGUCAGCGAAAAGUAUAUUCAGUUCUUAGUCCCUAAGUGGUAGGAAGUAGUCCCAGACCAGGAGUAAAGGUGAGUCUCCAGGUGGAGCUGGCUGUCAACUAGAAGAGGAAUAGGAGUCCCAGCCUUUUCAGAGUAAAACUGACAGAGGACAUGGAAUGACACAUGGAAUAUAAAGGUAAUGGGAAUAAAAGUUUCAAUGUCAGAACAAGCAGAGAUCAGAAGAUAUGAUCUCCCUUGAAGGAAUCCCCCAAGGAUGCUUCUAAAAAAAGGAGUUAUUCCUAUAGAUAUGAGGUGUGAGUGUCUCAAGUAUUGAUGUUAGAUUUUACCUGAGCAAUCCUAGUGACGCUCCCUCACUGCGUUCCCCAGCCACCCCAAUCUCCUCACAGUAAUAGAGAAUGAAGCUACUAGAACAGUUUUCCUGGGCAUAUCCCUUCCUCUCUUCCAUUUAAAGAAUAAACAUGACAUCAUUUGUCAUUAGGGAAAUGUAAACCAAAACCACAAUGA